AUGCGUGGAUUUUCUACGCAUGACGGAGACAUCGGCACUACUGACGAUUUAUACCUGCCGAUGAAUCAGCCCGCACUGUACACACUACCUGAGGAGGUACUCCAGCGCAUCUGUCGUGUAUUGGCGACACGCGUUUACCCCUUCUACCCAACGGCCCCCCAUGGGCUGGUGACCUUGGCCCUCACCUGUCGCUGCCUCAGCGAGAUCGCGCUCGACGUCCUGUGGAGCACACUGCGAUCACUGUCGCCGCUGCUUUGCACGCUGCCGGAAGAUCUCUUUGCGUUUCUGCCUGUUCCGGCGAACGGGGAUGGGGGAUACCAGUAUGAGAGGUAUAAAGCGGCCUUCCUGCGCGAUCCCGUUCCGCAGGACUUCGUGCGCCUUGCGACGUACUCGAUCCGGGUCACGGCGAUUGACGCCAACGCCAGAAAUCCCGCCUUUUGGGACAUCGGGCGCAAGUUCCCCACCGAAGUCUGGGACGUGCUUCUCCGCCAUGCGCCCAAGCCUCUGCUCCCAAACCUGCGCUUUCUCUAUCAUACAGAACGACCAGUUCAGGACGAAGAGCUUGUGCCAGGCCGAGGAUUCUUCCAUCCUGCAGACCUUCUCUUUGGGCCGAACCUGCGGGUGGUACAACUCGCUGGCUUGUGGAUACACCCCCACCGGCCCACCAAGGCCAUCCAGGCUCUUUCUCGUGCGACGCAGCUCGUAGAGUCGCUGCGUCUAGAAGCGAGGAUAGGCCGUCCGUCAAACUAUGCAUCGUUGGCUUGUCCCGAGCUCCGUGGAUUCGACCGCCUGGUCUACUUCGGCGGCUACUCUAUAAACGUCGGCCCCGAAGCUCUCACAGCCCUGGGCUCCUUGCCGAGCCUGCAGGAGAUGCUCCUCCACGUCGAGCCGGCGGACUAUACCUGGGACGCCUUGCCGCAUGGACGGCACACGAGCUUCUUUCCCGCGCUCACGAAGCUCACGCUGUACAACAUCGCCUUCGAGUGGUGCGCCGCGUUCUUGAACACCCUGUCAUCCGCCGCUCUUCAGCAGCUCCACAUCCGCGUCCAUGACCCGUACUGCGUCACCCCCGACGGCGCCGUCUUCGAGGCCCUCUGCGCCGCGAUCGGUGGUCUCCCCAGCGGCGAGUCUCUGCACGACCUCGACAUCCGUUCUCCACGCACCGCCGAAGUCGUUCUCCGGCCCGCGUACCCCGCGCGCCACAUCGCCCCUCUAGCCGGACUGAAGAGCGCACUCCGCCGCCUGUACGUGAGGGGCCCGUGCCAGAUCGACGUCGACGACGCCACCCUGGAGGCCAUGGCGCGCGCGUGGCCCGAUAUUCAGGAAAUCAUGCUGCCGUGGGUGGACCACCCGGACCACAUCGACGACACCAUCCACGACGAGGAGCUCGAGAACAGCGAGCCUCCGCCGUACAUGCCCCGCGCGACCCUGGCGGGCCUGGACGCGCUCGUACGUGGGUGUCCGCAGCUCACGCAUCUCGCGCUCGCGUUCGACAUGCGCUUCGUGCCGGAGCUCGGCGAGCGGGAGAACCCCGUCCGGGCGCCGGAGCAGGUGUCUGCGCUGAAGCAGCUGUCCGCGGAGGGAUCGGUGCUCGAGGACCCCAUUGGGGUUGCGGCGUUCCUUGCUCUUAUGUGUCCGCGGCUGAAAAAGGCGGGCGGGGACGAUUGGCAGGACGUGAUGUGGUACUAUUUGGCGUUCUGUCGGAUACGCGAGGAGGAGAAGAAAUGGGCGGCGGCGCGUGGGAGAGGUCUUCAGGGUGCCGCGUCGGCGUGA